AUGAGGUUGCCCUUUGCGCCUAGAUUGCGAUUGGGCGUGGCCAGCAUGAUCCCAGGCAUCCGUGUGGGCCGGGACGGUUCCGAGGGUGUCGUUCGACGUCCAGCUAUGCCCAAGCGGGAAGGCUUCGAGAAGGGUUCCAUGCCGGCUGUGUGGCUUUGGCUUCUCCACGUCCGACACUGA